AUGGCUGGCCGGUACCACAGUAUUCCCACCUUUUUAGACAAAGUUAAUCCCUUUUCAGCUUCCAGUUCCACUAUCCAAACCUACAUUUCAAGUCAUGAGUACGUGCAGCGGUUGCAGAAUGUUGCAUAUGGAACAUUUUUAGGGCUGAUUCUGUGUCUUUCGUGGAAUCUAAUGGCCGUAGCAGUGUUAUGGAGUCAAGGCGGGGAAGUAGAACAAGAGUCGUUGUUCCUGGCCGUUGCCUACUUGGUACUUGGUGUUCCAGCAGCGUAUUCGUCAUGGCAUCGUACCCUUAGUCUUGCUUUCCAAGAAAAGAAGCGUUUGACGUUCAAGUGGUUUUUGGUGUUUUAUUUGUUCCACUUGGCCUUCUGUUUGUUUGCUUCAAUUUCUCCUAUUGAGGGAAGAUCUCUAACUGGAGUACUGAGUGCAAUGGCUGUUUCUUCUGAUCAUGGUUUUGCUAGGGUGUUGUACUUCGUUGGUUUUGUGCUGUUCAGUUAUGAAUAUGCGCUGAGCUUCUGGGUUAUGUUGAGUGUAUACAUGUAUUACCGUCAUGGUGGGGUUAGUCUUGGAGAUGAUCUAACAUCUAUGGAGCCAUGA